CCCCUUUCCUCCCUCCCCUCCCCUGCCGCUAUGCGUAUUUCGCCGCAGCGGCCCGUGCGCCCCCGCCGGCGACCCUCGGCCACCCGGCCCCCUCUGGUCGCGUUGCUGGUUGCCCUGCUCCUUUGUUUGUCACUGAUCGGUGUGGUCUUGGCACACAAUGGGCACCACCAUCAUCACCAUCAUGACGGGCAUACCUGUUCUCAUGGUCAUCAUCAUCAUCACCACCACCACCAUGGCCAUGAUCAUGGUCACCACCACCACCACCAUGACCACCACCACGACCACGGGCAUAAGCAUGUCACUCCUCCUUCAGCCACCACGGCUGACAAGGUCGCCGAUCACACGCACUCCCAUGCCAAUGUCCUGCCCGUCUCCAACUCCUUUGGCGUGGAGGUGCUGAACAUGCUCAACGAUCUGACCUGGGUGCCGAUUUUCGGCGGCCGUGCCUCGAUCCCGGCCUUCUGCUGCUCGCCGCUGGCCAACGCCCUGGUGGCCAUUGCCAUUGUGUCCAUCUUCCCCCACACCAUCCUGCAGUUCAUCCCCUUCGAUACCAGCGUCCCGAAGGAGGUUGACGGGUCGGAGGCCCCGCCGGCCUCACGCUGGCUGCGCCUGCUGCUGGGCUUUGCCAUUGGUGGUCUCAUGGGUGAUGUCUUCCUGCACUUGCUCCCUCAUGCCUUUGCUCCCCACUCCCACGGUGACCACGGUGACCACGGCCACUCGCAUUCUCAUGGCGGCCACGGCCACUCGCACUCGCACUCUCAUGGUGACCAUGGUGCUGAGGACCCCCACCAGCAGGGUCUUGCGGUGGGUUUGGCCUUGCUGGCUGGUAUUGUGGUUUUCUUCCUGAUUGAGAAGAUCAUGCGCAUUUCCAGCGGCGGCCACGGCCACUCGCACUCGCACUCGCACUCGCACAGCACCGAGGGCAAGAACUCGACCAAGAGUACCGCCAAGGAUGCCCCCGCGAAUGCCAAGACUCCCAAGGACGACAAGGCCACCGCCGACAGCAAGAACACCUCUCUGGCUCCUGCCGAGCCUUCGGCCAGUCUGCAGUCCCUGCGCAUUGCAAGCCUCCUGAACCUUGCGGCCGACCUGGCGCACAAUACCACCGAUGGUCUGGCCCUGUAUGCGGCCUUCCACCGGGGCGGCCCGGCCCUUGGGAUCACCACCACCCUGGCCGUCCUGGCACAUGAGUUGCCCCAUGAGAUCGGCGAUGUGGCGGUCCUUGUGCGUGCCGGUCGGACUCGUGCUCAGGCCAUGCGCAUGCAGGCCUGCACGGCCAUCGGUGCCUUUGGCGGUGUUUUCCUGGGCUGGAUGAUUGAGAACUGGGGCCUGGGUGGCGGUCAGUCCCUUGGCUCCGGUGGCUGGGUCAUGCCCUUCACCGCUGGCGGCUUCGUUUACGUGGCCAUGGUUGGUAUCCUGCCCACCCUCUUCGAGGACUUCGAGCACCCGGCCGGCAGGUCGACCGCCGGCAAGAACAUCGCCCGCCUAAUGCAGGCCCUCGGUGAGGUGGCUUUCAUUGGCCUCGGUGUCGCGGCCAUGUAUGCCGUCGCCCUGACCGAGUAGGGGGGCCGUCUGUUCCUGCCCUCUUAGCGCGAGGCACCGGCGCUCAAGUUCCCCCACAGCCAUGUGUGCGCACGCGCGCGCGAGAGGGAGGCCUUCCUGGUGUGGCAGGCCCUGGUCCCUUCCAUGUAGACACAACAUAUCCACUCCCUCCUCCUGUC